AUGAUUGACUAUAUGGAAUAUAUUUUGCGUUUAUUUUACGAAAAUACGGGAUGGAAUACUGACAAUUUGUAUUCAUUUCUUUGUCAGAGCUCAAGAAAUAUUCUUGAUUUUCAUGUUCCUAAGGGUCUCAGAUUAAAUGUUGCAUCGUCUCCAAGUAAUAAUUUUGCUUUAUCUUAUCGUUUAUCUUUAUCUCCUGUUUUAAAUGGAUCUAUUGCAUAUUUAGUAACAUCUUGCUGUCUUGAUGGUCCGAGAAAUAGCCAUACUAUUUCUAUGAACAGAAUGGCUGAAGUUUAUCAUCAGGUACAAGAGUUUAGUGGACAAAAAAAGACUUGGAAUCAAAUAUAUCCUUCAAAACAAAGAGGUAUGGAUUAUUUGUUAGGAAUAAAAGGCUAUAAUACUGUAGAUUUUUUGUUUUAUGGUCGAAUGUAUCUUCCAGAGUUGUUAUUAGAAGGUCUUUAUGCUAAAAAGUUAUCACCUACAAAACAGUUUAUUUUAUUGUGUUUCAAUGAUCCUAAAAAAAAUGAUGGAAGUACUGUGACUGCCCAAUUCCAGCACAAUGUUGGAAAAUGGUCAACAGAAUAUACAUUCAAUACGAAUGAAGCAAUGUUUGGGUUUAGAGGGCUAUGGAAUUUUGGGGAAGUCCCAAGAAAAAUGUCAAUAGAUGGGAAACAGCAUGAAGAGUUAACAUCAAUGUCUAAUAAUGGUCAGCUUAGUAUAGGUACAGAAUUAUAUUAUGGAAUACUUCAUAAAACAGGAGGAUUAUCUACUGCACUUCGAUUUACUACACUUCCUUCAUAUUUAAAAAAUCCUCUCACAAUGACCUUAGCUUUAAAUCCUGUCAUGGGCCAUGUGUCUGCUGCUUAUUCAAUCAAAGCAACAGAUGAUUGUUCAUUAUCUAGUAGAUUUAAUUUUAAUAUGUUUUCAUAUGAAAGUAGUCUAGAUAUAGGUUUUGAGUUAUGGAGACGUUCUCAACUUUCAGAAUUAUCACUUCCUGAAAUUUCUCCGAAUCUUUUUGUACCUUUCUAUCCAAGGACUAAUAUUAUUAAAUUAUCUACAGGAUCAAAAAAAAAUGUUAGAGUUUUAUGGGAAUGGCGUUAUAAAAGUUUUCUUUGUAGUUUUGGUGCAAUUUUUGAUUUUAAUUCAUCUUUAUCUCUUUUGAAAUUUUUUGGUUUAGAAUUCCAAUAUUUUUCAUAA